AUGCCUAUCACCGCCAGCGACGCUGCUCCCGGUGCCGCCAUGAAGGCUGAGAUCACUGACUACACCAAGGCCUUGGAGGUUGUCGAGACCUACAAGACCCGCGAUGGUCUUGACGUUGAUACUCUCAUUGAUUCCGACAAGCACGGUGCUUUGACCUACAAUGAUUUCUUGAUCUUGCCCGGCUACAUCGGUUUCCCCGCCUCUGAUGUCUCUCUUGAUACCCCCGUUACCAAGCGUAUCUCCUUGAAGACCCCUCUUUUGUCCUCUCCCAUGGACACCGUCACUGAGCACAACAUGGCUAUCCACAUGGCCCUGCUCGGUGGUCUCGGUGUAAUUCACCACAACUGCUCUCCCGAGGCCCAGGCCGAGAUGGUCCGCAAGGUUAAGAGAUACGAGAACGGCUUCAUCCUUGACCCCGUUGUUCUCUCCCCCAAGGCCACCGUUGGUGAGGCCAAGGAGCUCAAGGCCAAGUGGGGCUUCGGUGGCUUCCCUGUCACUGAGAACGGAACCCUCCGCUCCAAGCUCGUUGGUAUGGUCACCUCACGUGAUAUCCAAUUCCACCGCGAGCUCAGUGACCCUGUGACUGCCAUCAUGGCCACUGAUCUUGUCACUGCCCCGGCCGGUACUACCCUUGCCGAGGCCAACGAGGUUCUCCGCCAGUCCAAGAAGGGCAAGCUCCCCAUUGUUGACGCCAACGGCAACAUCGUUUCUCUGCUUUCCCGCUCCGAUCUGAUGAAGAACCUCCACUACCCCUUGGCCUCCAAGCUCCCCGAUUCUAAGCAGCUUAUCUGCGCCGCUUCUAUCGGUACUCGCGAGGAGGACAAGCACCGUCUCAAGCUCCUCGUUGAGGCUGGCUUGGACAUCGUUAUCCUGGAUUCCAGCCAGGGUAACUCCAUGUACCAGAUCCAGAUGAUCAAGUACAUUAAGAAGGAGCUCCCCCAGAUCGAUGUUAUCGGUGGUAACGUCGUUACCCGGGAGCAGGCUGCUGCUUUGAUUGCCGCCGGUGUCGAUGGCCUGAGAAUUGGCAUGGGCAGCGGUAGUGCCUGUAUCACCCAGGAAGUCAUGGCUGUCGGUCGUCCCCAAGCCGCUUCCGUGCGCAGCGUCUCCUCCUUUGCCGCCCGCUUCGGUGUUCCCUGUAUCGCCGAUGGUGGUGUCCAGAACCUUGGCCACAUCGUCAAGGGCCUGGCCAUGGGUGCCAGCACCGUCAUGAUGGGCGGUCUCCUUGCCGGUACCACCGAGUCUCCCGGUGAGUACUACGUCAGCAACGAGGGCCAGCUCGUCAAGGCCUACCGUGGUAUGGGCUCUAUUGCCGCCAUGGAGGAUAAGAAGGCCGGUAACGGUGCCAAGGACAGCAAGGCCAGCAACGCUGGUACUGCUCGUUACUUCUCCGAGAAGUCCAACGUCCUUGUUGCCCAGGGUGUCGCUGGUUCCGUCCUCGACCGCGGCUCCGUCACCAAGUUUAUCCCCUACCUCGUUGCCGGUGUCCAGCACUCUCUGCAGGACAUUGGUGUCAAGAGUCUUGCCGCUCUGCACGAUGGUGUCAACAACGGCACUGUGCGUUUCGAGAUGAGAAGUGCCAGCGCUAUGACCGAGGGUAACGUCCACGGUCUGCACAGCUAUGACAAGAAGCUUUACGCAAAAAGCAGCCCGCUGUGCCUCGACCUAAACGAACUCCUUCUGCUUCAUCGCGUAAAGACAUCCAGCUCUUUCGCAUCCGCUCACGUCUUUCCAGGCGGCAACCUAUCCGCCCAAGAUGGGCCUUGUCCUCCCCCUGAAGACCUAGCCAGACAUGAAGAUUCUCCUAGUUACAGACGUGCAGCAAUCAGAGAACUCUUCGAAGAGAGUGGUAUUCUUUUAGCCAAGAAUCGUACCUCGGGCAAAUUGAUUGCUGUUGAUGAGCCUACCCGAGAGGCAGGACGCCGACUGAUCCACCAGAACAAGACUACAUUUGACGAGUGGCUUAAGGAGCAAGACAAUGACGCAGACCCGGAUCUAGAUCAAUUGAUACCGUUUACUCGUUGGGUUACGCCAACUAAUGUUCCUAAGCGAUAUACCACCCAGAUGUAUUUAUACUUCUUACCUUUACCCACCAACGCGGAUAAGAAACUGCUCGCUGAACUCCCGGCUGAGGGUGAACACGACGAGCUGGAGAGCCCAACUAGUGAUGGUGGUAUUGAGGUCACAGAGGCUCAAUUCCUUCCUGCAUCGGAAUGGAUUAGUCGUGCACAGCAGGCGGAAAUCAUCCUGUUCCCGCCACAGUUUCUUCUGCUGCACUUGGUUUCAGAGUUUUUGGACAAGGAAUCUCGUGCGGGCGCCUCUUUGGAAGAGAUGGAAAAGCGCCGACGGGCCCUCGUCGAGUUUGUUCAUUCAGGAUCUCCUCCUUGGGUGCAUAAAUGUAUUUCUCCGAAGAUGAUUCAGAUGACUGGUGACGGUCGGGCUGUUUUGGGAUUGAAUGAACCUGGACCUGAGUUGAAGGGGUCAGAUAGGCGUGGCGAGUCUGAGAGAGUUGUGCUUGUGCGAUUUAAGAAGGGGAGUGCGAGGGAAGUGGCUGUUGGAUGGAAAAAUAAGGUUUUGCAAGAAGAGAGGGAAAAGAGUAACCUUUAG